AUUUGUUGUGGGUAUCAAUCUGAGUCAUUAGAUUGUCAAUUGUAAGUAUUUUUCUGAGUCUGUAGGCCUAUAACUCAUUACUCCUAUAUAUAUUGUUCCAACUUUAGCUUUACACUUAAUGAGCCAUCCAACCACUUCACUACAUUCAACUUUCUAACUCUCCCAUUAUCUCCUCCCUCUCUCUCUCUCCCCAACCCAUCAAACACCACUUUCUAUAUCACAUUUUGAGCCCAAAAUGAGUGUCCAAAGUCCCCUUUCCGUUAACGGAGAAGCCGAAAACAAUGUGAAAACAAGAGAGGGAGAAGGAAAGAAGCCCAAAAAAGUGCCACUGAUGAGACUAUUCGCAUUCGCAGACGCUUUCGAUUACUUUCUGAUGAUUGUUGGAUCGAUCGGAGCGUGUAUUCACGGCGCUUCGGUGCCGGUUUUCUUCGUUUUUUUUGGAAAGUUGAUAAACAUCGUCGGCAUGGCUUAUCUCUUUCCUGCUGCGGCUUCUCAUAGGGUAGCCAAGUAUUCAAUGGAUUUUGUAUAUCUCAGUGUGGUGAUAUUAUUUUCAUCAUGGACAGAGGUGGCAUGUUGGAUGCAUACUGGAGAGAGGCAAGCGGCGAAGAUGAGGAUGGAAUAUCUACGGUCCAUGUUAAAUCAAGACAUUAGUCUUUUCGACACCGAUGCUUCUUCCACCGGUGAAGUCAUUUCUGCUAUCACUAGUGACAUCAUUGUUGUUCAAGA